UGGGGCAAGCAGGCAGGACAGUCCCGCGCUUCAGAACGGGGUGGAGGCGGUUUCCCAGUACUCAAAUAAGGAUGCCUUAAGACAAGAACUAUGGAUAAAUAUAUCAAAGUGCGGAAGAUUGGAGAAGGAUCCUUUGGGAAAGCAAUACUUGUCAAAGCUAAAGAAGAUGGCCAACAGUAUGUUAUUAAAGAAAUAAACAUCUCUAAGAUGUCAAAUAAGGAGAGAGAAGAAUCAAGGAGAGAAGUUGCUGUUUUGGCUAACAUGAAACACCCAAAUAUUGUCCUGUAUAGGGAGUCAUUUGAAGAAAAUGGCUGUCUGUACAUAGUGAUGGAUUACUGUGAAGGAGGAGACCUAUUUAAAAAGAUAAAUGCCCAGAAAGGAAUCCUGUUCUCUGAAGAUCAGAUUCUGGAUUGGUUUGUACAAAUCUGUUUAGCACUAAAACACAUACAUGAUAGAAAAAUCUUGCAUCGGGACAUAAAGUCACAGAAUAUAUUUUUAACCAAAGAUGGAACAAUACAGCUGGGAGAUUUUGGAAUCGCCAGAGUUCUGAACAGCACUGCAGAGUUGGCACGCACUUGCAUAGGAACACCAUACUAUUUGUCGCCUGAAAUCUGUCAGAACAAGCCUUACAACAAUAAAAGUGAUAUCUGGGCCCUUGGUUGUGUUCUCUAUGAAAUGUGUACACUUAAACAUGCGUUUGAAGCCGGUAACAUGAAGAACUUGGUCCUGAAGAUAAUCUCUGGACCUUUUCCUCCUGUUUCUAUGCAUUACUCCUAUGACCUACGUAAUCUGCUGUCACAGCUGUUUAAAAGGAAUCCUAGGAAUAGACCAUCAGUAAACUCCAUAUUGGAGAAAAACUUUAUAGCCAAACGGGUUGAAAAAUUUCUCACACCAGAGCUUAUUGCAGAAGAAUUCAGUCACAAAAUUUUCCACAAGUUUGGACCACAUGCUUCACCAGCUAAAAGACCAGUUCAAGAGCAAACACUGACUUCAGUUGCACCAGCUCAGAAAAUUACCAAACCUGCUGCAAAAUAUGGAGUGCCUUUAACUAUCAGGAAGUCUUGUAGUGCACCUAAAAAGUCUAAUGAGAAGAAGCCAUUGACCAAAACUAGACAGGAACCUUCAAAAAAGAAAAGGUUAGAAUUGCCUGAAAAACGCCAGAGAGAGCAGAUCAGUUUACCAAAGACAGAUGAAAUGAGAAGAUUGGAAAAAGAAAGGAUGGAACGAAUAAACAGAGCCAGGGAACAAGGAUGGAGGAAUGUGCUUGGUUCAGGUGGAAGUGGUGUUAAGGCACCAUAUUAUGUCGGUGGAGGUGGUGUUGGUCCUUUUCCUGUGUCUUCCAGAGGACGCUAUGAACACUAUCAUGCUAUUUUUGACCAGAUGCAACAGCAGAAGGAAAAUGUCUUCAGAGUAGCUGAAGAGAGGGAAGCCAAAUUGAGGGUGAAACUACAAGACCGAGGAGUUGUUGAAAGAGGAAUUCCACCUGGAACACGUCCAGGAGUUCCUAAGGGACCUGCAGGUCAUCACCAUUUACCCGAUGUUGGUGCAGUUAGGAAAAAAGUGAAAAGAUUGAAGGAGGUGUCUAAACAAGCCAAUGCAAACAGGCAAAAAGGAUGGAUAGCUGCAGAUAGAGCAAAGCAAGUUGAAGAAUUCUGGCAACGGAAGAGAGAAGCCAUGGAAAACAAAGCUCGAGCUCAGGGACACAUGGGUACACUGCAAAACGUGGCAGAUACCUAUGGAGGCAGGUCCAUUUCUGCAAGAGGAAGGAAAUCGAGAAACAAGGAGGAAGAGGAAUAUUUGGCAAGAUUGAGACAGAUCCGGCUACAAAACUUUAAUGAACGUCAACAGAUUAGAGCAAAACUUCGUGGAGAUAAGACUUUUACUUUGCAGAGUGAAGCUGUCAGUUCUGAUGGACAGGACUCUAGUGAGGACGCAGAACUGAAACGCAAGAAGAUAGAAACACAGAAGGCCCAAGCAAAUGCUCGUGCUGCAGUUCUGAAGGAACAGUUGGAGAGAAAGAGAAAGGAAGCCUAUGAAAGAGAGAAAAGAGCCUGGGAAGAACAUCUGAUUGCAAAAGGGAUAAAGAAUCCUAAUGUGCCUUUUCAUGUGGAAGCUACAGAACAUAGUCCUAUGAAUGGACUACAAGAGCCUGGAGCAGCUCUUCCCAAGCCACAACUUCCAGUGAAGCCUGGUGUACCUGUCAUCUCCAUGACUUCUGCUUUGAAGGAAGUGGGUGUGGAUGAACAUGCAAUAACUGCUGUCCAGGAAUCUGAGGAGGAAAUAAAAAAGCCAGAUAUUGCAAUACAAAAUAAGCGAGAAAUUCUACGAAGAUUAAAUCAAAAUCUUAAAGCUCAAGAAGAUGAGAAAGGAAAAAAGGAGGGUAAAAAUACCUCUGAAUCAGCUGGAGCUGAACAUGGUAAGGAACAACAAGGUGACCAGCCACUUCUGGGAGAUCGCAAAAAAUGGGAACCUGGGGCAUCCGAGUUGGUCGUUCCUCUCGCUCAGUUGUCGAUGGAAGAUUCUCUCUCUGGAACAGAGUGUCAAACUCUGGGGGAAGUAAUUAAGUUAGAUACUGGUGAACCCCACAGGAAAGUCUGGGGCAAAAGUCCUACUGAUUCAGUUCUGAGGAUCCUAGGAGAAGCAGAGCUGCAGUUGCAAACUGACAUACUUGAGGAGCAAGAUGAGAUAAAUGGUACUGCAGAACUUCUUGAAGGAGAUCAUCAGUCUUCAUCAGAGGAGAAGGAAGAGAAGUCUUUCUCUUCUGUUGGAGCUCAGUCUGCCGUACCAGUUGGUGUUACAAAGUCUGUCAUGACUGUGCCAGAAGAAUCUCAAAGAACUCGACCCACCCUGGUGCAGAGCGAACCUAUUAUGCUGGAUGAGCCUGAUGAUUUGGAAGCAGAGGUGCUGGAAGAAAUGGAGGCUAUGCACCAGAGUAAGAAGAAUAAGGAGUUUCCUAGCACUGUUAAUGAAGUGUGGGUAAAAGAGAAAGAGGAUACGACACAGCAUGACGGAGUGAAUGAGACAGCUUCGGAGAAAGCAGUGGUCAACAAGGCACAACCACCAAAGGAAACUCCAGCAGAAACUUGUUCCAGUGACUCUCAGCCAGCUGAACCCUUAUUCCAGAGGGUAAUACAGCCCACAGCUGUACCAACAGCCUCACCAGUUCUGUCAUCUCAGUCUUCACAGGAAGAGUCUUUUGUACCUCGUUCACGCUCCAUAUCACCAGCAAGAAAUAAAGGCAAAAGUUCAUUGUUGAUUGGACUUUCUACAGGACUUUUUGAUGCAAAUGACCCAAAGAUGUUGAGAACAUGUUCACUCCCAGAUCUUUACAAACUGUACAGAACUUUAGUUGAUGUUCCCAGUGUAGCGGAUGUGCAGCAUCAACAUAAUCUUGAAAUUGAAGAUACGGAAGAUGAGCAAGCCAAAGAAGGACCCUCUGACUCUGAGGAUAUUAUGUUUGGAGAGACAGAUACAGAUUUGCAGGAGCUCCGGGAUUCAAUGGAACAGUUGCUUAGGGAGCAGCCUAGUGAGGAAAUGAGUGAAGAAGAGGAGUCUACUUUAAAGGCUAAUGCCAUGGAAUGCAUAACAAAUGGUACUGAGCUGGAUGAAGGAGAUGAAAAUAACCCCAGCAGUGAAAGUGCUCUUAAUGAAGAAUGGCAGUCAGAUAAUAGUGAUGGAGAGAUUGCCAGUGAAUGUGAAGAAUGUGAUAGUAUCUUCAGCCAUUUAGAAGAGUUGAGAUAUAACCUGGAGCAGGAAAUAGGCUUUGAUAAAUUAAUUGAAGUUUAUGAGAAAAUAAAGGCUAUACUUGAAGAUGAAGAUGAAAAUAUUGAUAUUUGUUCAACCAUAGUUCAGACUGUUCUUGGAAAUGAGCACAAACACCUGUAUGCCAAAAUACUUCACCUGGUAAUGGCAGAUGGAGCCUACCAAGAAGGUAAUCUCAAUGUAUCCUGGCAAUUACAGAUUGUCUUACAUUCUUUCUUGGUCAUAUACAAUAUAAGUUCUAAUAUACUUUUAAAACAUCACAGUAUCACAAAAUAUAGAACAUAACUGUGCUUUGGUAUAUUGAUUGGCUAAAUUAAUUAAAAUUUUCCACAAAGGGUAUUUUUAUUCCUGCAACAAAAUGUGGCAAACUUUGCUGACCACUCUGAUUUGACAGAAUUUGCAUGUACAGUCAACUGUAAUAAUAAUUAGAUUGCAAAAGGUACAAUAUAAUUUUUAAAUUUCUGUAAAACAGUUUCACC